ACAAGUUAUCUUUGAUCACAAAAGUAUAGUAGAUUGUAACAGAAUUUGGCUUCCUUUUUUAUUCACAGUAGAAGAUUUGCAUGUUUGACCUGGUGGAGUAAUUGGGCCCACAGCAACCUGGGCGUGCCUCUCUGAGAAACAUUUAGUUUCAUGUAUGACUCAUAAGCUGAAGCACAGACACCACUUCCCCAAUCUACAGUAGCCAUUUUAACUGCACAAAACUCCUGGAUUUCUUGUUACUGUCUAGCUUUUGGGACCCUGCAAGCAACUUAGAGCAAGUGGUUUCUGGAUUACAAGAGUAUUCAAGAAGGACUUUCUUAAUUUAUCUCUCUGUGAAGAAUAAAAUCCAGGAAGACUGUACAAGAAUUUGGACACCUGAGUAAUUUCAAGGCCUUCUGCCCCACACAACUUGUUCUUGAUAUAAACAUCUGUUUCUUUACACGGAAGGAGCAUUUUUUUCACAUGCAGAACUGAGAUCUUGGAAUGCUUUAUUAUGGCAGCAGCUGUGCAACAGAAUGAUCUCAUGUUUGAAUUUGCCAGCAAUGUCAUGGAAGAUGAGCAACAGCUGGGUGAUCCAUCAAUCUUUCCUGCUGUUAUUGUGGAACAUGUACCUAGUGCAGAUCUCCUGAACAAUUACUCUGGUUUAUCAUGUGUUGCUGAACCCAGUGACAUGAUAACAGAGAACUCACUGGAUGUUGCAGAAGAAGAAAUUAUAGAUGAUGAUAUCACUCUUACAGUUGAAGCAUCCUGUCAUAAUGAAGAUGAAACAAUGCAAACCAUUGAAGCUGCUGAGGCCCUUCUUAAUAUGGAUUCCCCUGGCCCAAUGCUGGAUGAUAAGAGAUCAACGCAUAUGUUUGAGGUGGAAGAUGAUGUUGACAUAGGCCCUAUUACUCAUGUGUCAGUCACACUGGAUGGGAUCCCAGAGGUGGUGGAGGUUCAUCAGAUCCAAGAUGCAUUUGCUGAAUCACCAAGCACUCUGGCACUUGAGCAGCCAAAAAAGAAAAAAGGGAAGAAACCCAAAGUUCAACGCCCAGAGUCUCCUACUCUAACUCCAAACAUAUCAGUGAAAAAGAAAAACAAAGAUGGGAAGGGAAACACAAUUUAUCUUUGGGAGUUUUUACUAGCACUGCUGCAGGACAAGGCUACUUGUCCUAAAUACAUUAAAUGGACUCAAAGAGAGAAGGGCAUUUUUAAGCUAGUAGAUUCCAAGGCUGUGUCAAGGUUGUGGGGAAAGCACAAAAACAAACCUGAUAUGAAUUAUGAAACCAUGGGCAGAGCUCUCAGAUAUUAUUACCAAAGAGGCAUUCUGGCCAAAGUGGAGGGACAGCGUUUGGUGUAUCAGUUUAAAGAAAUGCCGAAAGACCUCAUUUACAUAGAUGAUGAUGAUCCAAGUUCGAGUACGGACUCCCCUGAUUCAUCUUUACACUCAGCACCUAUUGCUAAUAGAAACCAAAUGGGUAGGUCCAAAGAAUCAUCAAACACAGGUCAAAGAGGAACAUCUACUGCUGUUUUAAAGAUUCCAGUCAGCUCAAAGUCUACCAGACUUAAGCAUCCUAUUGAAACUGUACAACAGCAGCAACUACCUAGCAUGACAUCAGAAGUGUUGAGGACGAUACCGCCUAGUCAACCAGUACAUCCAACUCAGCUUUAUCGGACAGUUCAUUUAAUGCACCCAGUACAAUCCAUUCCAGAUGGACACACAGCUGUAACCAGUAACAUGAUGGAUGAGACACUGAAUCCUUCCGUUCAAAACAUAAGGACUAUCCAUGCCCCUGGCCAAGUUCCCAUCGUUGUGUCACCUGGGAACCAGCAGCUGCAUACAGUAACACUCCAGACAGUGCCUCUGACAACAGUGAUAGCCAGUGCAGAUCCAGCAUCUUCAACAACAUCUCAAAAGUUUAUUCUACAAGCCAUCCCAACUUCACAGUCCAUGACUGUGCUUAAAGAGAACAUUAUGCUACAGUCUCCUAAAUCAGUCUCUCCUCCUUCAUCCAUUGUCUUCAGUCCUGCUCAGGUUCAUCAGGUUCUCACUAACAAUGUGCAGACAAUUUGCAAUGGAACAGUCAACAUGGCUUCUUCUCCAUCCUUCAGCACUGCUGCCCCUAUGGUAACUUUUACAUCCAGCAGUUCACAAGUAGUUGCUCAACCAUCCAACACAGUAAUUACUUCAGUCAUUAAAGCACCGGAAACUAAACCAACUAUUAUACAAGGGGUGAUAAAAUCGGAGGCAGAGGAUAGGCCAGUGGAAGAAUGCAAACAGUCAGAGCAAAGUUUCCAACAGCAGCCCUUUGUGGUGAUGAUAUCCAAUUCAAAUGGAUUGCCCUCUUCUGUGCAUAUUAAACAAGAAAGUGAACAGUUGGAACCAAGUUCAUAUGAGUAAAUCAAUAGGGAAUUAACUAUGUGGAUGGCCGUUUUUCUUAAUAUGAUGGGACUUCAUCUGCUGUGUAUGUAUCACUUGAUUCCAAAGCAAGCAUUACAUAGCUGUUAUAAUUUCUGCAAUAAAUUUAGAAUACUGUAGAUUUAAUUUCAAUGUUUUGUUUGCUAAAUGAUAUAAAAUAUUGAUAAUUUUCAAAAUGCAAGCAUGAAGGAACAUGGUGUUUAUCUUUUUUAGAUCACUGUCCAAAAAUUCUAUAUUACAUAUACUUCAUGCAUUACUUGUUUAUCUUGCACAAUAAUGUAAUCAUUGCUGUAAUUGGUGCUUUGAAAUAAUAAAUUUCCACAAAGGUGUGUUUUCAUUCCA